GCUACAGCCGAUGCGCGCUCCCGUGUAUGCGUGCUUGUAUGUAUGGGAAAUAAUGGUCGCACAAAUGGCACAUUACAGAGAAACAGCAGAACUGAACGACAGGUGUUGGCGUCAUGGAUCUCAAAUGACAGAUUACUAUUGAAUACAACGCCAAGAUUCUUAGCUGACUACGAGGAUUUUAUGGAGCAUCCAUCAAUAGCUAAGCAGUAUUCUUGGUUGUUACGUAUGGUGGUUUUCAGUCCAGCAAGGAAUGGAGAUGUUUCACCAUCAGAUGUGAAGAAUGAUCCUGCAGAAACUCACAGCGCUUCAGAAAGCACAGAUACAUCAACAGAGGACAGCUCUGACGACGAUGAUGAGUCUGAUGAAGAGAAACACAACACACAUUCAGACUCUGAUAAGAGACCCACAGCAGAAGAUGCCAGAGAUGAACAGCUGAAGUUCUGCUGUGACAGAUGUAAAGCUCUGAAGAAUCCCAAACAUGAGCUUGUGACCCCCAGAAAAAUCUCCAGAGACCGCCUGCAGCUUCACUUGGAGGCAGAAGGUGUGUAUGAAUGCUCAGACACUGGACUGGUGUUCGAAGUCUCUCAACGGGUCAACAUCACAUACUGCGUUCUCUCGUGGAGCAAGUUUUCCAGCUACCUGAGCGACUCCUGGAAAUUUGCCGGACCCAUUUUUGAUGUGGACUGUGAUCCGGAGAUUCUGAAAUCCGUGCAGUUCCCACACUCGCUGUGUCUGACAGCUGAUGAGAACAGUGAUGUGAAGUUCAGCAUACUGCACGUGAAGAACAGGCGCGGUCAGAUCGAACCCUCGACCGAUCACUCGGGCAGCCACGUCAAAUGGAACGUGUCGUCUCUUUCACCCGUGGGUCCCGUCGUUAAGACGUCUAAACCUGCAGAGCAUCACGGGGUCGUGCAGGUGUUUCGAGAGGUUGGCCAAGACCAGUCUUUCUCCUUCAGAGUUUAUCUGGCCGGAAACAACUGCUCCGACGUCAAGGACAUCCAGAGAGCCGUUCGACGGGCCAACAACUGCAAGAACAACAAGAGAUACGUGCUAGUACAUAAACCACCAACAUGCAUCCUAGAGGAGAACAAAAGAUAUCGACUGACCAGUGAACCUGUGGGUCACAUCACACCAGAGGAGAUGCUGUUCAGUGCAGUCAUUGUGGAGCUGAAGGGAUAUUUUGAGGUUUUCUUUGAGGAAAGUCCUCCGUUCAAGCUGUUGCUGACAGAAACAGACUCCGAUCUGACCGUCUGGAGUGCUAUCAUCAGAGAGGGAGAUUGCGAUCACAGUCUGGAUUGUGAGAAGCCACGUAAACCAUCACAAGGCAGAAAGAGGCGGGCCAGCACGUCAGAGGAGGAGCUCUAUCACAAGCGCAGGAAGAGAAGUGGCUCCGUGGAUGAAUCAGACUGUAAGAAGAUAGCGUGCCAAGUUCCAGACCUGACAGACCAGCAGCUCAUGCAGGUGGCCAAACGCAUGGGGAAGGAGUGGAAGAUCGUGGCCAUCUGUUACCUGGGCCUCAGCAAACAGGAUCUGGAGGAGAUCGAGUCGGCCAAAGACGAGGACGUCGUCAUGCUGAAGUUCAACAUGCUGGAACGCUGGAGGCGACGGCAGCCCAAAGGAGAAGCAGGAAUUCAAGAACUCCAUAAAUGUUUGAAAGACAACGAUGACGUGCCCAAUGAGGUCAUCGCCAUUCUAGCUGAGAUGCUUCAAAGUAAUUCAGCUAAAUGAGCUUAUGAGAUGAUUAAUGAAGUCUUCACUUAAUCUUCCAACAACUGAAAUACCCAGAAUGCCUUUAAGAAAUUCUCAUUUUAACCUCAGUUUCAGCGAUAAAGGACGACUGAAUGUGUGUCUCUACUGUUUGUCAUCUAAAUGUUUGACUUUGCUGGUGCUUCUGUACAUCGCUGGAACUGUAGAAUGUGUUUUAAUGUUUUAUUUGUGAAUCAUGAGUCGUGAAAGAUAUCAGCAGAACAUCAAGAAUGAGCUCUACAAGCCGUACUCUCUUUUCAGAUGAGACGUACGUGUUGGCAUUGAAUAUCUCUGUCUGUUUGACAUCAUGUGUGACAUAAGCUCCUUUACAACACUAUUGAUGUUGCAUUCUCAGGUAAAUGUUUGUGAACGAUCAUGAGUAUAAAUAAAUGAAUUAUUUUUUCAAUUA